GAUACACACACAUCGCUCGUCUCCACUCUCCAUCGUCUCAUCGCUUUUCGCUGUUAAUCAAAAGUUUCUCCAAUCGUAAGAUCAGACUGAAGAAAAAACCCUAAAAAUGGAUGGACAUGAUUCUGAGGAUACUAAGCAGAGCACUGCUGAUAUGACAGCUUUUGUCCAAAACCUUCUCCAUCAGAUGCAAACCAGGUUCCAGACAAUGUCGGACUCCAUCAUCACAAAGAUUGAUGAAAUGGGAGGUAGAAUCAAUGAACUGGAGCAAAGCAUCAACGAUCUAAGAGCCGAGAUGGGAGUAGAAGGCACGCCUCCACCUCCAGCCACCAAAAGUGAACCCAAAACCCCGAGUUAAAAAGGAGGGGGUAGUGUUCACCAAAUGCUUGACAGGUCAUGAUCUUUUUUUUGCUUAUAACAGCAUUUGCAGAAGAAGAAACAAAAAAACCUAUGGAAAUUUGUUAAGGAGCAGUAUUUGACUUUUAAAUUUCGUGUUUUAAGAAAUGAGUUUGUUGCUGUUUUAAGUUUACAUCAAAUAGAUUGAUGAUGAUGUUGGUGCGUUACAUUAUUCUGCACUUAUGAAACUAUUGAAAAAAUGCCUUUCUAUUUUUGGUAUU